AUGGAUCCCUCCAUACUCUUCCGUCAGCUCCUCCGCAUGCCCGCCGCCCACCGCAAUGUCCUCCUACAACCCACCCGCCCACACAUGCGCGCAUUCGCAGCCUACACACAACCCCUCACACAACCCCGCUACCUAUCUGUUCCACGCAUCGUCCAGCCCAGUUUCUGGGCUUCGUUAAUUCCGAAGCCACUCAAAACACGCGCCGAGACACCCCGCUCCAAAGAAUGGAAUCCCGCCACACCAUACAUUAUUCUCGGCCUGCUGGUCGGCAGCCAAGCCAUCCAAAUCUUAUGGCUGAAACAGGAGCGUAAUCACGACUUGCGUAGGGCAGAGGCCAAGAUCGGGAUCUUGCGCGAGGUCAUUGAGAGAGUGCAAAGGGGCGAGAAGGUGGAUGUUGAGGGGGCUUUGGGUACAGGUAAUGUAGUGGAGGAACGGGAGUGGAAACAAGUUUUGAAAGACAUACAAGAUGAGGAGGCGCUGUUUCAGAGCAAGAAGAAGAGAAGGGCUAUGAGAGAGGCAGCACUACAGGAAGAGGCUACAGAGAAGAAGACGGGUCAAGAAAGUACAAAGAGUCAGGAUCCCGCGAAAAUGCAAGUAGAAAGUGUGGGUGGAGUUAAAUUCUACUGA